CUGUUGUAUACAUAACCUCCGCAAUAAUUUUGAAUAAUGGACAAGCAACCAAAGAAGUUGACGAAAAAGCCCGCGGAGACCAUUAAAUUAAAAUGUGCCAUCAGUAACGACGCUGCCCCGGAAAUCGAAAACCCGAAAGUGUGCUUCGACGAACCGGAACUGAACACAGCCUUAAAAUUCGUGAGGGAAAUGGAAUCGGUCGAAAACAUCAGACCCAAACAUCUCAAAAGUUCCACCGAUCUCAAAAUAGCAAAGAACCUGUUGGACGAACGGGCGACGAAACAACUGAACCACCCGCACCAUCAGAAGCUGUACAAGAAUUUAAUGCCACUGUGCACUAAGCGACAACCGCAAGUUUUACCUCAGAUUUCGCGCGAUUAUCAGGUGAUUAAAGAUCAGGAGCCAGUCUUGAGCGAUUUUUAUACUCCUAAAGUCUUACCGGAGUACAGUUUCCGGGUUCCAUCACAAACUGCACCCAGGAAUCUUUACAGACAGUUUGAUGGUUUCAAAUUAUACAGGACUAUGAGAAAUUGGAAUUAAUUACUUUUGUCUUUUGGAAUUGACACAAUACAGUGUAGUCUAGGGAGUCAAAAUGUCUCGGAGGGGACCUGGAAUGAGAUAUACUUACUUGGCAAAAUUUUGUUUUUAUUGUUACUUCAUUUGUGUAGGUACUGCCACAUUAAUAAUAAAUUACUUACUGACAUAGGUACUGGUCAGUUUGGUCCCCUUUGAUCUUUUUCUGGUCCCAAUUGUCAAGUGGAUUAUUUUCAGAUAUAAUCUCCUAUCAGGUCCCUGCACCGUGGCCUAUUGCACCUUCAAGUUAGUCUCACACCCUUAGUAUGUCAACAUCUUUGAAGGAAUCUAAAAUCCUUCGGGGAGCAGCUACUUUUAGCAUUCCCGGGUGCAUCUUUAUUCUGCCAAGGAACCUGCACCUUCCCCUGUUAUAUGCCCCACAGUCUAUGCAGAGGAGAGAACCCUUGCAAAAUGCAUUACUUCGAGGCCCAUAUUGUAGAGGUGGCGUUCUGAACAGUAUUCUUCAUGCCAUUCUUUCAGAAUAGCUUUAUUUGUUACCAUUACAUGUGCAAUUCGACGUACAGUUUGAGGUCCUAUUUCAACCAGGGACCCUUAGUACGGCAGUAGAGAGCCUAGGGUCCAAACCUUCAAUUAACCGACCCCUAAUCAUAUGUCUUCCUAAAUAGGAAAGAACAGUGUAGCAUACUGCACAACCCUGAUUAGGGGACUUCCCAAUGAUAAGCAAAUAUCUAGCGACAUUCAACAUAAAAUAAAAAAAAUUUGAAAAAAUCUUUAAUGUGACAAAGCUUUUAAAUCUUAUUGAACGCAGCAAUAUCGACAGAUUGAACGAAAUCCUCAAAUUUCUCAAUUUCUUCCACCAUUAAAU